AUGUAUCAUAGUCUUGCCAGUUUUGUUACAACCUACAUGGAGGAUGAAGCCUUGAGACUCCUCGCAGAUUCCGCCAACAAGAACAUCAUUGACCACGAAGAAUACCCCAAAUCCGUUGAAAUUGAGCACCGAUGUCUAAACAUUCUAGCCGAUCUGUUCCACUCUCCAAUGUCAAACGGAAUCCCAACAGCCGUAGGCACAGCAUGCAUUGGAUCCUCCGAAGCUAUCAUGCUAGCAGUCCUAGCAAUGAAAAAGAAAUGGGAGAACAACCGCAAAUCCCAGGGAAAGGAUUCCUCCAAGCCAAACAUCAUCAUGAGUACAGGGGUGCAACUAUGCUGGAAAAAGGCCAGCAAAUACUUCGAUAUUGACGAGAAACUGGUGCCAUGUACCGAGACACGCUACGUGAUCGAUCCCACUCAGGCAGUUGACCUGGUCGACGAAAACACUAUUGGCAUCUGUGCCAUUCUAGGCACCACAUACACCGGACAGUAUGAAGAUAUUCGGGCAAUCAAUGACCUUCUCGUUGAACGGGGACUGGAAACACCUAUCCAUGUAGACGCAGCUAGCGGUGGAUUCGUGGCUCCAUUCAUCGAUCCUGAGUUGCAAUGGGAUUUCCAACUGUCAAAUGUCGUCUCGAUCAAUGUCUCCGGCCACAAAUACGGACUGGUAUACCCAGGCAUUGGUUGGGCGCUCUGGCGCUCCCAAUCCGACCUUCCAGAAGAUUUGAUUUUCAACAUCAACUACCUCGGAGCAGACCAGUUGAACUUCACCCUAAAUUUCUCCAAACCAGCUUCACACAUCAUCGCCCAAUACUACCAACUAAUUCGACUCGGUCGAAGCGGAUACACGGCAAUCAUGAGCAACCUCACAAAAACCGCAGACCACCUCACGACCCACCUCAAAGACCUCGGCUUCAUCAUCAUGAGUGAAGGAGGUGGUCACGGCCUUCCUGUGGUAGCCUUCAGAUUGAAUCCUACGCAAAACGUCUUCUUUGACGAGUGGGCCCUUUCUCGAAAAUUGCGUGAACGGGGCUGGAUUGUCCCUGCUUAUACUAUGGCGGCCGACUGUGAGACUCUGGGUAUGUUGCGUGUUGUUGUCAGGGAAGACUUCAGUCUGAGUCGGUGUGAGAAUCUCGUGGGGGAUAUACGGGCUGCGCUGAGGUCCCUUGCGGAGUUGCAGAUGAAGAAUAUUCAGAGGUAUCAAGCGUGA